GAGCGGUCCGGCGCGCGGAUCCCUCCGCCUGCGGUAUCGGUGCUGAGGCCGAUCCGCCGCCAUUUUGAAUGCCUGGCUCCUGCUGCCGCCUCCGCUCCAGGGACCGGCCCGAGGAUGCCAGCCCCCAUCAGACUGCGGGAGCUGAUCCGGACCAUCCGGACAGCAAGAACCCAGGCAGAAGAGCGUGAGAUGAUUCAGAAGGAAUGUGCUGCUAUCCGGUCAUCCUUCCGAGAGGAAGAUAACACAUACAGAUGCAGAAAUGUGGCAAAGCUGCUGUACAUGCACAUGCUGGGAUACCCUGCACAUUUUGGACAGUUGGAGUGCCUCAAGCUCAUUGCCUCUCAGAAAUUCACAGACAAGCGCAUUGGGUAUUUAGGUGCCAUGUUGCUGCUGGAUGAGAGACAGGAUGUCCAUCUUCUUAUGACCAAUUGCAUCAAGAAUGACCUUAACCACAGCACGCAAUAUGUGCAGGGGCUGGCACUCUGCACUCUUGGCUGCAUGGGCUCUUCAGAAAUGUGCAGAGACCUUGCAGGAGAGGUUGAAAAGCUCCUCAAAACAUCCAACUCCUAUCUUAGGAAGAAGGCAGCACUGUGUGCUGUUCACGUUAUUAGAAAGGUGCCUGAACUCAUGGAGAUGUUCCUGCCAGCCACCAAAAACUUGCUGAAUGAAAAGAACCAUGGUGUUCUACACACAUCAGUAGUUCUCCUCACGGAGAUGUGUGAGAGAAGCCCAGACAUGCUUGCACACUUUAGAAAGAACGAAAAGCUUGUUCCCCAACUAGUUCGUAUUCUGAAGAACCUUAUCAUGUCUGGAUAUUCACCAGAGCAUGAUGUGUCUGGGAUCAGUGACCCCUUUUUGCAGGUGCGAAUCCUGCGGUUACUAAGGAUUCUAGGGCGAAAUGAUGAUGAUUCUAGUGAAGCAAUGAAUGACAUACUUGCACAGGUCGCUACUAAUACAGAAACAAGUAAAAAUGUGGGAAAUGCCAUUCUCUAUGAAACUGUGCUGACUAUUAUGGACAUAAAAUCUGAGAGUGGACUGAGAGUGUUAGCCAUUAACAUCCUAGGCCGUUUCUUAUUAAACAAUGACAAAAAUAUUAGAUAUGUGGCUUUGACAUCACUGUUGAAAACUGUGCAGACAGACCAUAAUGCAGUACAGAGACAUAGAAGCACAAUUGUGGACUGCCUGAAAGAUUUGGAUGUCUCCAUUAAAAGGCGUGCGAUGGAACUGAGCUUUGCUCUUGUUAAUGGGAACAAUGUUCGUGGAAUGAUGAAGGAGUUGCUGUAUUUCCUAGAUUCGUGUGAGCCGGAGUUCAAGGCAGACUGUGCAUCAGGAAUAUUUCUUGCAGCAGAGAAAUACGCUCCUUCCAAACGCUGGCACAUAGACACGAUCAUGAGAGUCUUAACAACGGCAGGAAGUUAUGUUCGUGAUGAUGCUGUUCCCAACCUGAUCCAGCUGAUAACUAACAGUGUAGAGAUGCAUGCCUACACUGUGCAGAGACUCUACAAAGCCAUCCUUGGUGAUUACUCUCAGCAGCCACUGGUUCAAGUGGCCUCCUGGUGCAUAGGGGAGUAUGGAGAUCUUCUGGUGUCUGGUCAGUGUGAAGAAGAGGAGCCAAUACAGGUAACAGAGGAUGAAGUUCUUGAUAUUUUAGAAAGCGUUCUGAUAUCUAAUAUGUCUGCAUCUGUUACACGGGGCUACGCUCUUACUGCCAUCAUGAAGCUUUCCACAAGGUUCACCUGCACUGUCAAUCGCAUUAAGAAGGUAGUUUCCAUUUACGGCAGUAGCAUUGAUGUGGAGCUACAACAGAGGGCAGUGGAAUAUAAUGCACUAUUCAAGAAAUACGAUCACAUGAGGCCAGCCCUGCUUGAGAGAAUGCCUGUAAUGGAGAAAGUCACCACCAAUGGCCCUACAGAGAUUGUACAGACCAAUGGAGAGACAGAAACAGCGGUACUGGAAACCAAACCUCCACACUCUGGAUUGCAGCCUGGUAGCCAGGCAAAUGAUUUGUUGGACUUGCUGGGGGGGAAUGAUAUAACACCUGUAAUCCCCACUGCACCUACAAGCAAGCCAGCCUCUGCUGGUGGGGAGCUCCUUGACCUACUGGGAGACCUCAACCUAACAGGUUCCCCAGUAUCUGCCCCUGCACCCCAGAUAUCACAGCCUCCAUUCCUGCUUGAUGGACUGUCAUCACAGCCUCUCUUCAAUGAUAUUGCUGCAGGAAUCCCUUCAAUUACUGCUUACAACAAGAACGGGCUGAAGAUUGACUUCAGUUUUGAGAGGUCAAACACCAACCCCAGUGUCACUGUAAUCACAAUACAAGCCUCCAACAGCACAGAGCUGGAUAUGACAGAUUUUGUUUUCCAAGCUGCGGUACCAAAGACAUUCCAGCUGCAGCUUCUGUCUCCUAGCAGCAGUGUCAUCCCUGCAUUUAACUCGGGGACCAUUACACAGGUCAUUAAAGUCCUGAAUCCACAAAAGCAACAACUACGUAUGCGGAUCAAGUUGACAUAUAAUCACAAGGGCUCAGCAAUGCAGGAUCUAGCAGAAGUCAACAACUUCCCCCCUCAGUCUUGGCAGUGAGGCUCUGGCACUAUUCUUAUUCUCACCCCACCCAAUCAAAAGAACUCUGGGAAGAAGGUUGUGAUCCUUGGCAGUCCCCUAAACUGCACCAUGGGCAUGGGGAACAGAUGAGACCUGCUGAUGAGGAGGAAUUUUCCUGAAGUGAUUGCUGACUUUGAAGCAUAUCUGUUGAGACUAAUCUCCUCUCCUCUGCUGAUGAGGCUGGUGGCUUGUGGAGGCUACUCUGCACUCCCUCACACAUGCAUUCACAGCCAGAAGCAACAUUCCCUCCCUUCCCUGCCUCUCUACCCCCAAAGAAAAAACAGCCUGGUGUUGGAAGAGAAGUCUGGAAUUUCUUGCAGGGAAACUUUGUCUCUGCAGCAAGUGAACAACUGCCCCUUCUUUCUGCUGUCUUUUUUUUUUUUUUCCCCUGGGAUGGUCAAGUUGUGUUUUCAAUUGUUACUAGCUGGAUUAUUUUCAGGCACUUUCAUCUGGGGCUCAGAAUGGGAACUUGGAGAAUUUUAGGUCACCUUGCCUCUUUCUUACUGUAUCCCCCAUGUCUAAAGGGACUGGAGGCUUUUUUUGGCCUGUUCAGUGCAUUACUGUAUACACACACCUCUUAGUUAUGUGAUACUUACCAAGAGCAAGUCAGGCCUUGGGACUUCAUCUGCAGACCUGGGACAGUGCAGGAAAGAGGUGCUGGUGAGGCUGAUUAAAAUUGCGUUGGUGCUGUACUUGGAAAUGAAGACCUUACACUUGAAUUUUCUUUCUUUCCAUCAGUGGCUGCAGCCAUAGAGAUUCAGUCUUCUGUAGCUUCCCCAGAAGGUAUGGUGAUGUAUGAGAUGUAGCGAUCUAAGAAGCAGCUGGUUUUCUACCACAGUUGAUUUCAAAGCCUUUAGUUGUGGUUUAUGGCAAGAAAAGACACAUUCAAUUUUGUAGAUGAGUCUUUGAGCAAAAGCUCUGUUGCCUGCUGGGAGAUGCACCGGAGACUAUGCUGCAGAGUUGUUCUUAGUUAUUCCAGACUUUCUCCCCGGUUUAAUUUCCAGAGCCUGUUGUAGACUCCCUGGGUUCCAUUUGAUUUACUUCUGACUGGGAUAUUUGUGUUGUAUCUGUAACAUUGGCACUGAAAUAAAGACCAUGCGGUUUAAAGAGA